UAAUUAUCAUUUAUGUCGACUAUGAGUUGCCUAAAUUCCAAGGUAUUAUAGCCAAUGUACUAUCGUAUAAUUGGUAUAAAACAAACCCAUAACCCGGACAUAACCUAAGCACGUCAAUUGAACUUCGAUCUCAUUGAAAACGUCGACUUUGCAGAGAAUCGAGAUUCGUGUUUUUUCGAAGGUGCCAAUGCAAACGCCAUGGCUCGAUUAGUUUCGAUAUCUACUAAGGAACCUGAAAGCGGCGGGAGACGUGACAUCAGAGAUUGUCAAAUGCUGUAGUUAUUUUUCCCGGAAUAUAUAUAGAACACGUAUUUUAAAAAUAAAUUGUUUAUAUUGUUCUUGUAGGUGCACGUAAAUACUUAACGUAUUAUGGACAAAAUAACGAUAUAUACCCGGAGUAUGUUACAUAUCAUGAGACCAAUAGUGGACCAGGUUGAACUCUUUUCCUCAUAUAUUGACAAUUCUGGUGGUGAAGAAUUUCCAAAACCAGAGGUAGAAGAUAUUUGCAAUCCCUUACUGCAACUUAAAAACCCAUGUUUCUCCAAAGAUGUUAUCCAGCUAAAAGUUUGUCUAAGAGACUUUUAUGAUGCUGUUGAUCUGAUGAAGGAUCUGCUCAGACACUCGGCAGAAAAUGAUUAGCGAUAAAAUAAGAAAUAUCAUGCAGCAACUUAUGUGGAACGUAUAUAAGUUUCUAGUCCAGAAAGAUUCCCAGUUUGCUGUUGAAAGUAUCUUAUCAGUCAAUAACAAAAUGGCAAGAAUGAUUUCUCAAAAUUGUUUUAAUCACUGAUUUCUGGGAAAGAAAGCAACAUUUAAAAGGCUUUUGUGGAGAACGCUGUUGCAUGCUUAAAGCAAGUGAGAGAUCGAAUAGAGGAUCUCAUUAACAAGAAACAUCGUCAGCAAUUGCUUCUCAGUGUACGUCAAAUUGCCAAAUGUGUGCCGUUGUUGGUGACUGCCUUGAACUUGACAAUGAAUGCUGAUCAGAUCCAGCUUCUUUUCAGGUAUGUCUCUAAGAGAAUGACCUGGUGCUUUCUUGAGUUAGAAAAAGCUGUAGAAAAUAGCACGGGUACAUUUCAACAUAAUAUAGAGUGUGGGGGCCAAUUUGUGCAGAAGAUGGAUAUUGCCCUAGAUAUUCUGUCUUCUGACCUAACCGGAUGUAAUGAAGAAUUAAAGGUAGCCGUAGAUGAAGUUCUUUGUCAUGCAAUGUCUAUAGCACAUGUUGCUGUUGAAACUGAUCGCAACAAUAUUUCAAGAAGUUGUCAGAAGGUGCUUAGAGCAUUUGAGGAGUUGAAGCAAAAAUACGCAAAGGAACUGCCUCCCAUGCAGGAACUGCUAGUUGGAACCCUCACUGAUUCACUUGAGCGUCUGGAACAGCAGGUGAAUUCAGCCUUGCUCCAACUGGUGCUAGAGGUCUUCAGCACACUUUUCUUGCCACUGAAACAUCUUCUGGAAGCAGGGAAUAGUUCCCAACCCCUUACAAAACGAAAAAGUGAAGAUUUAGAUGAUGAUAUUGUAGUUUUUGACUUAUUGAUGGAUCGUAUUAUGCAGAUUGGGUUGUUUGCUGUGGCAUGCUCUCAGGAUACCCAUCGUGUGGUGGGCAUUUGUGGCUGCUUGGCAAGUCUUGAGUCUCUGGAACCGGAGUUAGUGCCAGCCCUCCUGGCUCUUUAUCUUGAUCCAGCAAGUCAGAACCACAAGACCUAUCUACAAGUGCUUGUGCGCCAUUGGCAACAUGAAGUUGCUGAAUUGCAAGUUCUUCUGAAUGGUAUUGUCGAUCCUGCUGCCUUUUGUGAGGUGGCUCUGCAAGAUAUGAGUCAUAUAGUUGCUACCAUCAAAGGGAAGUUAUUAAGUUGUAGCCCACAGUUUUUGAAACUUCAGGUGGGAACUGUGCUAAAAAAAGCAGCAAUUUUGCAACAGCAAAUCAGUAUUAGUCUUAAUGAAGAGCAUGGAGAUGUCCUUCCUCCUCAACUUAAGGAACCAUUUAAAAAUUUCAUAUUGUCAAGAAAUGAAUUAAAUGCUGCCUCUCAAUUGUUUUUGAGUGAAAAACAUGCAGAAAAUCUCACUGAAGAAGAGCGAAGGAGAUUAAUGAAAAGAUGUGAACUUCUUGUAUCAAUGACUAAAAGAAUACACCCAUUGCUGGUAGAUGUAACUGACAACUCUAGCAAGGACAACACAAAUGCACCAAAGGAAGAAACAGUAUGUGGAAAAGGAAGCCCUCUUUUCCCGGAUUCCUUCAGAGAUGUGCCUGUGGAUCUAGACUCUCAAAUUUAUCCAGAAGAGCUUUCAUGUGUGAAGAAUAAUUUCACUGAUCUCAUCAAACGAGGGAAAGCUUUGGCUAAAGAUAGAAGUAUUCCCUAUUGUACUCCCAAAAAGAAAUGGGAGCACUCAGUGAAAUUAAUGAACUUACGAAUACCUCAAAUCAGAAAUCGUAGCAUUUUUAACUGCACUAACUGUUCCCAAGAAUCUCCAAUAAAUCAGACACUGGGACUUGAUAUUACAAACAUUCUGGAGAACCUGACAUCUCUCUCUGACACACUGUCAUCAGGAAAGACUCAGGACGACACCAGUUCUAGCAAAAGUAGCUUGCAAAGGAAUGACUUUGCUGCUGUCUGUGAAGCUGCUGCCUUUUCAGAUUGUGGGAUUAUGCCAACAAGUGACAGCUUUUUGUCAUCUCUGAAGAGUCCUAUAACCGGAAGUACUUUCGAUAUGCGAGGUUUUAGUCAUGAGGUAGACACUUUCCAACGAAUUGAUGACUUAAAAGCUGUUAAAGAAAAAAUAGCCAGUCUUAAAGCAAAGAGCACAUGAAUGAAGGAAACCCACAUUUUAGACAGCCACUCGUAAAAGUGGUUCUUUCAGGGCAUGUGUAUCAUGCUAAAUUUCCAAUUUUUAGCCCUAGUGCUAAAAGUAAGAUGAUGCUCACAUGUUCAGAUAAAUCUGUGACUGCAACAAAGGAAACAAAAUAAUUUUGUCUGACUGCAACAACUACAAAUCUUAAUGUAUUAUUACGUGGUUUGUGUACUUGAAUUAAAAUAAAAGGAAAGUCUGUAAGGCUGUUUAAUAAAUGGUGUAUGGUAGAUAUGG